AUGGCUGCCUUAGAAUUCUUAACCUUGUUCCUCUUCUUCCUUCCUCAAAUAUCCGCUAAGAAAUGCCAUGAGUUGAGAUGCAAGACUCAUGACAGCCCACCGGUUCGAUUCCCAUUCCGGUUAAGAGACCGCCAACCACCACGUUGCGGAUAUUCCAGCAACUUUGAUCUCUCAUGCAACCAACAAAAACAAACCGUUCUCACUCUCCCAUCAUCUUCGGGGGACUUCACCGUCGAGAGCAUCAGCUACAGCGACCAAAGCGUGUGGAUCAACGACCAGAACAAGUGCAUCCCCAAGAGGUUACUCGACAACGACUUCAGCCUUGUUGGCUCACCCUUCCAAUUUGAGCAUGGCCUGAAAAACUACACCUUCUUCAACUGCUCGACCGAAGCUCCGCUAGUACAGAAUUAUACACAUGAACCUAUCACUUGUCUCAGCAGUGACAACUACAAGGUCAUUGCUUUGUUAACAAGUUCAUUGAGUUCGCUUCCCUCUCUUUGCAACAUAAUUUCUACAGCUUUGGUCCCGGUCGUAAAUUAUGAGUGGCUUGACACAGACUUUGGUGUGAGGUUGACAUGGGGCAAACCGGAUUGUCGCUCUUGUGAAUUGAGUGGUCGAGUUUGUGGGUUUAAGAAUGCUUCCAGUUUGGAACUUGACUGCUCUAGGCAAACUUAUGGGUUUUCAGGUCUCUCAGACGCUACAAAGUUCCGGUUAUUAGUAAGCGUGGGAGUUCCAGGACUAGUGUGCAUCACUUUGAUCGCACUUUAUAUUUUCACCUUAAUUAGGGACCGUGGUCGCGAUCGCAUCAACGAACCCCUCACAGAAUUAUCCAGUGUGAGUUCAACCAAUAUUCCACAGAAUCAUGUCGUUAUAACAGGCCUUGAUGAUCUGACCCUUGAAUCUUAUCCAAAGAUUCAACUUGGCGAGAAAUGGGAAAUCCCAGAUCCUGAUGACAGCACUUGCCCAAUAUGGUUUGAUCUCUCACGCAAUAACCAAAAACAAACCAUCCUCACUCUCCCAUCUUCGGGGGACUUCGUUGUCCAAAACAUCAACUACAAAGAACAAAUUGUAACGAUCAAUAACCCCGAAAACUGCCUCCCAAAACUGUUCCUCGAUGGUAACUACUACUUCAACCUUACAGAUUCACCCUUCACAUUCUUAACUGACAUCAGAAACUACACCUUCCUCAACUGUUCGACUCAAGAUGGAACGUGGGCUGCAUCCAUCGCUUGCCUCAGCGAUGACUACUAUAAGGUCCUUCUUGUGCCUACACCACGUUGGCCAACGUCAUGGUUUCCUUGCUCUAUCAUCUCCACGGCUUUGGUUCCAAUAUAUUCACUUCAGUGGAGAGAUCUUGACGACGUCCUUGGUAUUCAUCUGUCAUGGAACGAACCUGAUUGUCGUUCUUGUGAAGCAGGAGGUCUGCGUUGUGAGUUUCAGAAUGCUACAAGCUCGCAAGUUCAGUGCUCCGUUUCUUCACACACUGGUCUUUCAGGAUCAGCGAAGUAUGGAAUUAUCAUAGGCGUUGGAAUACCAGGGAUAUUGUGCACUCUUGGGAUUGGUCUUUAUGUUUGUGACAGGGUAGGGAGAGUGCGAGAUGGACUACUCCACCAGCGGCAGUCCAUCACAGAAUUAUCCACCGCAGUUGAUCAACAAGUAGAACCAGCUCCCCUGGUUAUAGUUGGGCUUGAUGGUCGGACAAUCGAGUCGUAUCCCAAUUUCCAACUAGAUGAGAGCUUGGAGUUGCCCGAGCCUGAUGAUAAGACAUGUUCCAUAUGUUUGUGUGAGUACCAACCCAAGGAAACAAUACGAAUCAUACCAGACUGCAACCAUUAUUUUCAUGCUAGUUGCAUAUACGAGUGGCUUAGAAAGAAUCCGACGUGCCCUCUUUGCCGAAAUCCGCCGGAGGGCUUGCUGAAAUUAUAA